AUGGCGGACGAUGCUGAGCUUGAGGCCGCGCUGUUUGGGGAAGAAACACCAAUCCUAGAGGCUGCAGCUCCUUUAGUGCCAUUGCCAUUUGGACAGCAAUUCAGCACACCCACGCCUGCUGAAGGCGAUGGAGCGCGUAGUCUAGAAAGGGGUACAGAAGAAGGAAAGGCAGGUUCGUCGCUUGGAUAUCCACUGAAGCCGGAAGAGGAGCUUCGGACAAAAGCAAUAUUGGCCAGAGAAAUUGGCUUGCAAGCAGAGAGGAUCAUUGACGGGUCGGAGGUAGCGGGGAAGAUGGACAAGCAGGGGGAUGGGGAUGAUCUGCAUACGGCCUUGUAUGGGGCAGGCGCGGAUGAUGAAGUGAUUGCUGAGGAAGAAAGGGCAAGCAUAGACGAGCAGAACGGUGCAAACAAACCCCAGGAGACUGAGGCGGCGGUUGCCACAACUAGGGUUGGGGAGCUGCCGGCACCGGACGCAGAGGACGAGGACGAUCUGUAUGGUGAACUGUAUGGUGACGUUGACGGUGAGCCACUGCUGGGCGGAGAAGAAGCCCCACAAUUGACAGCUGAAACCGGUCAGGUAAACCCGGCCGUAAACCAGGUUGCGGAACCAGGAGCGUUUGGGAGCCUGCCGGUGGAAGAAGACGUUGCAAAGCUGGCGGCAGUGGUGGGGCUGACUGCGCCGGAGGUGGAAGAGGAGGAGGAUUCGGAUAGCGAGGACUCGGACAGUGAGGAUGAUUUUGAGAUCCUGGUCAAUGACGACCACUUGCGUCCAGCCGUUGGCCACACAGCAAUGCCGCCAAUUUCGCGCGUGCCGGCCCGGGCGGAGCGGGAUGGCGAUGAGGAGAGCGACUCAGACAGCGAUGGUUUUACCAUCAUUCUGGAUGACGAAGGAGCGGGGCCUGCAGCAGGAAUGAAGCGGGGUUUGGAGGACGAGCCGGGGCUGCAGCGGGAGUACUCAUUGAAGUCGCUACCAUCUUCUGGUGUGGCUGGACCCAAACCCGCUGACCAGGCACUGGAAGAGCGGCCAGUUCAGGAUGUCUCUCAGAUGCAAAAUGGGAUGCAGUAUGGCGGCAGGGGGGGCCGCCGGUGGGGGCAGCAGCAGCGGGGGAAUGAUGUGUACUUUCCAAACGCAAGCCACGUGUUUGAUCUGAACCUGGAGGAGCUGGAGAUGAAGCCGUGGCGGUUUGCGGGCACUGACGUGUCGGACUAUUUCAACUUCGAACUCAACGAACAGACCUGGCAUGCCUACUGCCAGCAACUGGCACAGGCCCGCUUGGAGCAGACGAUGCAGAGUAAGAUCCGGGUGUACGAGAGCCGCACCGCGAACGGCCCCGAAGCAGACCCGGACCUGCCGCCCGAGCUCGCGUCCCUGCUCAAUUUGGAUACCGGGGGACAGCAGCAGCAGAUGGGUCGCCCCAAUGCCUUCCAGGCCCAUCGCGGCGGACCAACCGCUGAUCUCCGAAGAUUUAGACCGAGAGAUGCAGAUGCAGUCAUUGAGAUCCAAGUUCAGAGUGACGUGGCGCCCCCGUCGGCGCCGAAAACAGCUAUUGUAGAUAGGGAGGAACACCGUUCAGUCGAGCCAGCUCCCGAGACCGCUCUUGCUCUGGAGGGUGGUUCAGGAGAAACAGCUAUCGGAGAUGGUAGUGAAAGAAUGGGUCAGGCGGAGCUUAGCAACGGCGGCGACCAAACCGAGCGAAACACGAGCGGGAUAAAGGAGGAGUUAGUUGGUGAAAGGGAGGCUGAGUUAGUGGUUAAAGAGGAAGCGGAAGAGACCCGGAAAGGGUCUGUAGAAGAGGGGAAAGAGCCACUAGGAAAGCGGGGAGAAGCACCUGAGGAUAUACAGGAGAAGCUGGGGGAGGUGAAACUGGAAGCAGGGGAGGGCGCGGCGGAACCCAUCGUCAAGCAGGAAAGGUCGGACGGGAAGGAGUUGGCACCAAGGGAGCACUCGCGAUCUCCCUCCAGAAGCCGUCUGUCGACCCCCCCGGAAAAGAGCGAAGGCCCGGGGGGCAGGCAAGAUCGACUUCGAGAACAGAGGGGGCUCCGAGAGCCCAGCCGGGAUCGCCCCCUGAGCCGAGGUGACGGGCGCCCGUUUCUCCCCCGGCCAGGUCCGACGCGGCCCCCGUUCGUCCCAGGGGGGCCGGUGGGUGCGCCCGAGCGACCCCCCUACUGGGGCGAGGAGCCAGGUUUUCGGCCUCCGUUCCCGCCGUAUGGCCCGGCUGGAGCUUACUUCGACGGACCUUACUGGGGCAUGCAAGGGCCGGGGUUUCCCCCAGGACCGGACGGACCGUUUUAUGGCCCCAACGGUGGCCAGUUCUAUCCCCCCGGGCCCUUUGAGCCCGGUAUGAGGCCUCCUUUUGGCCCGGUAGACGGUCCCUGGGGUCAGCCUUACCCUGGGACGCGUCCGGGGCCUGUUCCCCGACCACUGCCCGGCAGGGGGCCCGCAACAGGUGCUUCGAGAGCGCGCAGAAAGGAGGAGAAGUCGAGCUCCGAGGAGACCAGCUCGGAAGAGUCAUCUUCCGAGUCGGAGUCGGGAUCGGAGUCCGGAUCUUACUCUGGCUCAGAGUCUUCGUCCGACGACUCCCGACGAAAGUCGAGACGCCCGGUCGAAAGAUCAAGAGCUAAGCCCGGUCCCUACCCGCCAGCGACGGUGCGUUUCGACGAGUUUGGCCGGCCUUUGCCGGCUGUCCGGGUAGUGUACGACGAUUUCGGGCGUCCGAUUGAGUUGGACCCGUUCGGACGGCCGUUAGACCCCCGAAGGGCGGCAGAGUAUGACGAGUUUAUGAGGCACCAGUUUGAGGGGAGGCGAGACGGGAUGGGCGGGGGGGCUGGUUUUGGUGGCCGCGGCCCCGGGUGGUUUGGAGAGGGCAGGGGACCAGGCGAGUUUCGCGGAAGGGGAGGCCGAGGCAGAGACGGCCGCCUGCCAGACGAGGUUUACGCUGCGCGGCGGCGGGAACGGGACGAGCGGCUGGCGCGCGAGGAAAGAGACCGGCAAGAACGGGAGAGAAGGCUGCGGGGCGAGAGAGAGCCGGACAGAAGCCUAGACCGGGAGCGGUUUGCAAGAGACGAGCGCCGGAGGGAGGGUUUCGAGGGGCCAAGGUUACAUGACCGGCGAUAUCGAGAAGACGAGGAGGAAAGAGUCCGGGAAGACAGGUACAGGGGGGCUUCGAGGGGCGUGGAAGAGGGGGGGCGGCGGGACGGCAGAUCUAGAGGGGUAUCCAGGGGCUUGGACGGAGAGAGGUGGCGCGAGGAUCGGCAUCGGGGGGCGUCGAGGGGUUUGGAAGAAGAUAGACUGCCGGUUAGGGAAACCGGCGAUUAUCGAGACGGCCGGGCUCGUGAUCAUAAUGAGGUUCGAGAUGACCGGCCUGAACGGGACUCGCGCCAGCGGGGGGCGAGAGCAGAAAGAGAGGAAAGCCGAGAAGGAGUAGUUGGGGAAGGGAGAGGGGGGCCGAGAAGAGAGCGGUCGGAUCGCAGGCGCGAUGCAAGUGCAGACGAUGCUGCACGAAACGCGCGCAGGGAGCAUUUGCGCGACGAGAGGACGCCAGAGCGCAAGAGGGGUGGCGAGCGGCGUAUGGACGAUAGGAACGGGCGCUACGCUGCAGGUGCUGACAGUGAGGAAGAGCUAGGCGGACGGUUUGAGCGCUCAAGGCGAAGGGGCUCGACAGCUGCGAAGGACGGAGGUGGCGUUGGCAGUGGGCGGGAAGUUGUAUCUGAUGAUAAGGAGAGACAAGUCGCGGAUGACGUCAUAAGAGAGGGCGACGACGAUGGUGACGUCAUGGAAACUCGCGAUGGUCGUCAGCGCAGCGGGAGGGGCGGCAGAGACCCCAGGGAAGGUUCCGAACAGCGGGACGGAAAGGAUGGGGUGGCAGAAUACGGCGACAACGGAUCGCAGCUGGACGAAGAUGAUCUGGUCGUUGCGGACCGGCGGUUCCGGGCCGGGGAGAUGGGUGCGCCGGAGAGAGCGCAGAUUGAGGGUGAGAAAGCGGAAGAACGCGGCACGGAACUUGGGGGAGAACUAGAGGGGCGGAACGAAGAGGCUGCGGCUGAUGGGGCAGGAGGAGAUGAGGAGGGAGGAGGGGAGAGCAGGGAAGAGCGGCGGAGGAGGCGGAAGGAGAGGCGGCACAGGCACAAGGAAGAAAGAGAGGGCGACGAGAACGAAGAGGAGAGGGAGGAGCGCCGGCGGCGACGGCGGGACCGGAAAGAACGGGAGAGGGGGCCGCUCAACAGCCAGGGCCGUGAGCCAGAAGCGGAUCAUCGGGGACCUGAGACGGAGCUUGGGAGUCCCACUAGGAAGGACGGGUUUCCAGAGGAAACAACGCGAGAGCCCUGGUUAGCAUUGGAGCGGGAAGAGGAAAGGCCCAAAUUAAGGAAUCUUAUCGGCCGCUCUGACGAGAGGGCUGUCAGGGACGAAGAGGAAGGGCUUGGAGGUGAUGAAAGGAGACGCGCGAGGGAACACGAGGUUGGAGAGGAUGACAAUUCGCUGGAAAAUAAGGAGUUUGGCGAAAACGGUGGGGCGGAACAGGAUGGAAGAGAGGAACGGAGGCGGAGGAAGGAAGAGCGGCGGCGGCGGCACAAAGAGCGGAAGGAAUGGAAGGAGCAGGAACUAGAGAAGGAUGCGAACGGACAAGCGGUCGAAGAAAGCGAGCGGAAGCAUCGGCAUAGGCGGCACAGACAGCACAGGGAAGAGAAGGAUGAGCGACCGGGGGAGGAAGUCGAAGCUGGGGUUCAGGAGGGGGGAGAAGAGGAGCGGAGGGAGAAAAAGAGGCACCGGGGACAACGGGAGGAAGACGAAGCCCGGGAGGUGGGGGUGCGAGAAGGACAUCAAGAUGGAGAAGAUGAGACUUUGCAGAGACAGAUGCACGGUGGGGAAGAUAAUGUGCAAAGAGGUGAGGUCAGAGAGGAAGGGGGGAAGGAUGUUUCACGACAGGACCGUGGGGGGAUUGGAGAAGGGAUGGAUGUGGAAGCGGAAAGAGGGGCGGAGGAGGUCAACGAAGGGGGCUUUCCGGGAGAGAAGAGUGACGGAAGAAAGGACCGGAAACGGAGACGGAAGCACCGGCACCGGAACGAGGAGGAGGGGGAAGAGGAGAGGGAGGAGAGGAGACGGGAGCGCAAGCGGAGGAAGCACCGAGGGGGAGAGGAAGGGCAUGCGGUUGUGGAAGACGCCGAGGCGGCACGAGAAAGGGAAGGGGCUCGAAUUGAUCGCGAAGAAGGUCGCAAGGAGAGGAGUGACCGGCGGGGGAGAGAGCACGAAGAAGGGAACAAGAGCCGAGCCCGGGAGGAGUCGGUAGGGAGGGAGGUGUCCAAAGAGUUGCGAGGUUUGCGGACCCGCGAUGUUGACACUGCCGGCUUCCGCAAUAGAGAGGGCGAUGACGUUGGCGGGUCUGUGUCUAGAGGUGACGUCAGCAGGGAAAGAAGACAACCCGAGCCCGGUCUGGAAACGCGGACUGGUCGGGGCGGAAAAACGGACGGUUCUGGUGGAGACUCGCGGAAGGAUCAGCGAGAGGGUCCGGACAAGGAGCCACUGUCCGACUUUGAGGCCAAGCUGAAGCGCCGCGCAGAAAGGUUUGGGCCAUUGAAUCCGAUCGAGGAGGAGGCGCCACGUGGCAGCACCAGACGGGACGAGAGCGUGACGGUAAAGGACAGGCUUUCGAGACGGAUUAAGGACAGGAGUCCGCCGAGAGCCGUGGUUUCCGCUGCAGCAGCGGAACGUGUGACCGGAUUUAUGGAUGUGGACCGUCCGGAAGAGGAGCUGCCAUAUCUAGUUGGCACAGAAUCCAGGGACGACGGCUUGCAACGGAAACGGAAGAGGGAGCGUGCGCUUGAGAACGGAACGGAGGAGGGCCGAAGCCAAGGGGGAAGGGAUUGGAAUGAAGCAAAGUUCCGGAUCACAGGGCUAGGCGCGCCGGCGAAGUUGACGAGCACAGGGGGGCAGAACGGGACAGCGAAGCGGAAGGUCGUCGGAACGACCGAGGGAUCGGAAGCAUCCCGACCUCAGCGAGUUGUAAUCCAGGAUUCGGGAGUGAAGGACUCGGGGGAUGUGGCGAGGAAGCGCAUGUUUCAGCAGGCAUUGGCAGGCGUCGGUGGCUUAAGCAGGUCGUUGAGUAACAAAGGAGGAGGUCGAAACGAUAUGUAAGCGUUUGUGACAGGGUUAAGGUUGAUGGUAGAGAGGGAUUGUUAAAACUGCCCGCUGAUUACUGCAAUCCCUAUUUAAACGUACAGAUGAAGACGUGAGAGGUCUUUUUGAGGUGCCAGCUGUAUGCAAGGUAUGAAGCGUGUGCCUUGGCACGAAGUUGGUGAAAGCAUACAAUCAUGCAAAUACCAGGGAUUGUUAGCUUCGUUCAUUUGUGCUUGCCAAGCG